UUUUCUCGAGUUCGCGACAGUAUUUUCGCCAAACUCGCAUGUGCAUUGAAUGAAACUAGGCCGAAGUUGCACGAUUUGUUUAUUUCGCUUCCAUAUUUUGCCAGCAAUUAACAACGAUUUGGAGAGUCAAAUUUCGUUGGAAUUUUGUACUUUGUCAGAGCUCAAAGUUCGUCAGACGUUUUUCGGUUUUUGUGAAGAUUUUGUGCAUUUUUUAAUUAUAGAUGUGCCAUCUAUUUGCUAAAUCAUUUUUGCCGUUUAGUUUUAUUGUAGUGUUACGAAGCGUUUAGGCGUCUUCUAUUGUUGUCGAUGCUUGUCGUGCAGUUGUGUUCUUUCGUAACAUGAGUUGAGUACGAAUAAUAAAAAAAAAAAAAAAAAAGUUGCCACUCUUGGUAAGAAGCGGUCACGUGACGCGGGACUUUGGUUUUCUCGCAAUGGCGAAGAUAUGAACUGUAACGACGAGCUGGGGACUCUUGUCAGCGCAUCGGAGAGGCGGCGCGGUGUGAAGUUGAGCCACUGUUGCCCGCGGCCCCUCCCGCGACUCGUUUGACGAGCUUUUCCAAGUCUGAAGUUCUCAAAAUGGACGCGACCGACGACGAGUCGUUUGCUUUCGUUUCCCUUCCUCGACCGUCGCCCCGCGGGCGGGUCAGCGUCGCUUUCCGACGGUACCGGACUUGUUUUGCCUCGCGUCAGCCUGACGACCAAAAGUGGAUUUAAUCGAGUUUAUUUUGAUUGUAUUUUUUAUUAUUUUUUUUUUUUUUGCUGUGCUACGUGGCCCGGAGGCCCACUUUACUUCCUGGUCGCGACAGAAGACGAUGGCCAAUGUUUCGUUUCGCUUUAUUUUUUCCUUUAUUUCAGAGGGGGGAGACAUCGAAAGGGAUAUGAUUCAUUUGAUUCGAUUGUUUUGAGAGGUGGGGUCAUGUUUCAAAGAGGACAUUUUGGUCUUGGAGGAAGGACACGCGGCGCACGUCACAGUUGACACGUUCCGAAAUGGAAAGUGGAACCGACUCCGCUUCGAGUGUUUUGAUACCAGUGACGGAGUAUUCCGAGACUUUUAAACGCAAAAUCUUGGCUCCUCUCCAAAGUGCAUACCUGUACGACGAGUCCAAACUGUCCUUCAGAUACAAGUCUGCCUCCCUCGUUAAAAACGCGAGCUUGACGAAAAAGUACGCUGCCUUUCGAGCCAAGAAACGACAGGCGGGCUAUUCAGAAGAUGACCUGGAGGAGACGCAUGGGUUUUUGCUCUUUGAUGACGUCACCAAGGCAAUUGCUUUUGGCCAAACUGGAGUAGUCACCGGGACAAGCGCGUGUACAAGUUUGGGGGAUCCUCUCAAGGGUGUUUACAUCUCAAUGUUCUCGGACUGUUUGGGUCCUGAGCGCUGGCGAGACGGCCAAUCGGGAUACAUUGCAAUCAUCAGGCUGACGACGGGGAAAGUCAAACGCGUUUCUGCGACCCAGACCCGGGAUCUCGGCACGCCCACUGUGGGCUUUGACUGCCACGUGUCGCAGCAUUUGGCUUCCGUGACGACGCAAACCAGUUUCUCGCUGGCCUUUGAGAGAACUCAAUGUUACAUAUACGAGCUGCUUGAUGACGGAAGCAACGAAACGGCGUCGACGCCCAGCCUCAUGUGUCCGUUUGCUAUUGUGGCGUUUUCAUAUAAAAAAAGAAGAGCAUUGGCUAUGAAGGAGCCCAAACCAUGUGGGUUCAUUUCAUAUGAAAUUCUCAGAUUUCUGCCCGUUCUACAUUUAGCGGAAGGUGAAGUCAAGAAGACAAAUCCAGAUCCAAACAAAGGAAUGUGUAAUAUCGUGGCCAACGGGGCGCAGACUUAUGCGGUACUGAUAAAUCCCGGACCGGCACGGAGUCCAUCUCUUGCGCCAACUACUCACGACGGCGGCGGCUCGCUGUCAUCUUCUGAGGCGGUACCAGCCGGUGCCCCGCAAACGGGAUCAAAAGUUCAGAUGAUUGUUGAAAAGACUCCUGCCGAGUUCGAGACAAAUACUGGCGACGCAAGAGAUGAUUUGAGCGGACCGAACAAAACCCACAAUCAUGAAAUGAAAACCCUCAAGGCUCCUGACGUUCCAGCAGAGCUGAUCGUGAGCUUCACCUCUGAACAAAGUGUAACUGAGAGGAGUCCUGUCAGUCCCGUCCCUACAGAGUAUUUUUCUGCCAAACGCGGAAGGCUGACAGAUUGUCCAGAGUUCCCUCGCCUCACAAAAAAGCAACAAAGGAAAGCGCUUCAGAAACAUUCCAAAACUAAAAAAGAGGCAAGUAAACCAUCUUUUGAAACUCCCAGGCCACAAAAACAAAAUAGUGAAGCUGAUCGGCUCAGUAGUCAGGCUGAGCAAAACACAGCGCAAUCAAAUAUAGAUUGGGAGAAGCUCAGAAGGUGGGUCAUGAAAGGCCGUCACGGUAGAACUCGGACUGUUGACUCGAACAAAGCUGACAAGACUGAAAAACCAAUAUUGUCUGGCACCAAUGUGAUAGACCUGCAAGCUCCCUUGAGAGACAAAUCUGAGCGGUGGAACCUCAAGCCGGUCCUUAGUGAAUGCGGAAGAGUCUUAGUUCCCCACGGUUUGAGGGAUCUGCCCGAGCCUUUAAAAGAGACGGCAAGUGUUCAACAGUUCCCAAGCCCUAACAUAGAUCCUAACGCAGCUGAAAUAGAGCAUCGGCCCGGUGUGUUUGCGGCACCGCCAGCCCGUAGGAUGGAGGUCAUGGAAUCCAAGACGGGAAGUCCCGACCGAAACGCGGUUCAAGACUCGCGAGAUCGUGAAGAUCCAGUUCAACCGACAGGUGUACAUGAACACACUGGUCCUACCCAUCACGAUCAGUCCGCCGGAAAGCGUGAACCCACAUGCAUCCUCUCAAGGAGAAAGACAUCAAAACAUCGCCUCAAUUUAGAUGAAAGUCCUCAAGAUCUGACUGUGGAGAAAGGUCCUUCUUUGAAGAGAAACAGAGUUGACGGCAACGUGAUCAGGAUUCCAGCUGGUGCAGCGGUGGGAAUUGAGGAAGACUCGACCGUGCACUCGGUCAACCCCAAAGAAACGACAAAUACGAAAGCACGGCGCAGGUUGGACGAUGCUCAAAAAAGGGGAGGAAAAAAAGCUCAAAUCAUCAGCAGGCCUCCGUCCAUUUACCCAAAGUGGAAUAGUAUGAAAAUGCUUCGGAAACACAUCGACAUCUCCAGGGAACGCUUUAAAAAGACAUGGUGGAUGCACGUCCAACCCCCUUCUCGCGCCAGCCAAACUGUCAAACAGCGUGCUCGGGUUUAUUCUCUCCGGAAGAAAAUGCCAACCUCAAACCCGUCGACGGAUGCUUUAAAUUUACUUGCUGAUCUGGCGCUGGGGGCCACGAGUGAGCGGCUUCCGGCACAUAAAGACCGACAAGUUGAGAGGCAGCCUCAGCCAGCUUUGAGGAAGAAUGACGACCCCAUUGAUGUUGGCGGUGCUGCUGAAGUUUCAGUUCUUCAUACUCUGCUCGGGCAGCCUGUCACUAGACUGGCAUCAUCGCAGAGCCCUCUCGUGAAAGGCCUGGAGUUGGUUAGUUUGUUGUGUAAAGAACAUGCUUACUCAUUACCCCUGUCUGCCGCGAUACCCUCUGGUCUACCGGGUACACCCUUCCCGGUGUCCCCUUUGAGUGGUUCUAAUGGAUUGCUGCACAGGCCACAUGAUAAUCAGACACCACAGAAGUCUGAUGAUUUGGAAGACGCACCUUGCGUGCCCUCAGACCACCCGGUGAAAUGGACGAAUUUGUUCAAACGCUGCCGGAGUUUUGUUUACAAAGGUGAAUCUGUCCAAGUGACACGUCAAUGGAAGGAAAAGUAUGACUUUAAUCGAGACAGCAGGUUUUCAAGGGACCCAAAGAACCGAACCAUCAUCCGAGCCUUGCAUGGUCCAUGGGACUUCUCAAGCCAAGACACCAGCGAAGACAAGGAGCUCAUUGUCCACAUGUGGAUAAGUUUCUUCUACAGCCGCUCAACAGCAAGGUUUGUUGACAUGGGCCCAGACCUCGUGAACCCGGAUUCAGAUGAGUGUCAUCGUUCAGAAGCAGAGAUUACAACCAGAGCUCAGUCUGACCUUGGCGAGGAUCAGUUUGCGCUUCCACCAGCUGUAGAAUCUACUUCAAAAUGUUCCAUUUCUAACGCUUCAGACCUCAGCGGGACCCCCUCGUUGGAUCGAGAAUCGGAAAUUCUGGACCUCUCUCGUGAGAACGCUCAUCGAGGACAGUUUCUGUCAUCAGAUCGUCAGAUCACUAGGACAGAAACAUUGAACUCACCCAGUCCACUUGACCCGGGCUCUGACUUAAGCAAAAACCCAAAGUCAGAUGAGGCAGAGAUUACAGCCCCGGCUCAGUCAAAGACCAAGAUGGAUCCGUUAACUUCCUCAAUGGGUGAAGGAGAUACUUCGGAACAUUCCGUUUCUCACACUUUGGACCUCAGUAGGACCUCCUGUUUGGAUGAAGAAUCUGAAAUUCUGGACCUGGUUCAUAGGAACUCCAAAAGAGUACCGGUUCCCCCUUUAGAUCCUCAAUGCAACAGAACAAAAAAAUCUGACUCACGUUCACCAAUAGGAUUAAAAGAAGCACCAACAUUUCAGAGUUACCAAACCACGACUCUCUCUGCAGAGACUCCAAAUAAAAGCAGCAGCAAGUGUUGUUGGACUAGCUGUCUGGAGCACGCUGAAGCGGCCUCUAGAAAUGAGGAUGUAGCUUCCAUACAAGGAGAGCUUGACGUGCUUUCAGUUCAGACGGAGAAUCCCAGCAGAAUUUUUAGAAUGGACCAGGUUUUACAUAAACCUCAUAACAGAGACGAGAUGGAUUCAAAAGGUGGCUCCGAAAACGCAGAGGCCACAGCGCUGAUUGGGUUGUUAAAAUGUGGAAGAUUGUCAUCUUUUCCAGAAAGGGGCUUCUACAAAGAAGCGAGCGAUCCAAGUCCUCCACCACUUGAAAUAGAUUACGAGGAAUCGGUUGCAUUCUGCAAUAGAAAUCUCUCGGCAAGGGAACAACCUGAAGCAAAACAGGCUCAGAACCUAAAGGUCACACAGGGUUGUUGUAGUACAUAUAAGAAUCCUUUGUUAAAAGGAUCAGAAGACAAGGACAACUGCAAAUCUCCAGUCACCGCUGAAGAUGGUGAUUUGAGGAAUCGUCCGGUGUUUGUCUCUGACAGGGAAAAUUCAGAAUCGGAAGGUCACAGUACAGAACCUAGUCGACGAGAAUUGUUGGAGAAACAGCUACUCCAGACUGACAUCAAAUUAAAGUCAAGAAUGCUGUGUCAAAAUAAUGACAUGACAGAUCACACCGUUUCAGGAUCGGGAUGUACUCGUGACUCCGUGUCAGAAGUGGAUAUUAGUCAUAAUGCAUCAACAUCUGAAAUUAGCACGCUGAUAACCCGCAAGAUGGAAGGAAUCGCUUCCCAAACAAUGUCUAGUGGUGCAAGAGAGAGGCCGAACGAAGCAAUGACUACGUUCUGUUUUGGAGUAGGUAGUGGUGGAAACCAGCAGAAGGUGGCCACCAAAGCUCCAAAACGUCAACAACCUUAUUUAAUUCCGGGUGAAACUGUAAAACACUUGGGAUCUGUUUUACAAUUAGAUGAAAACAGAAGAGAUGAGGUUCAAGAGACUCCCUCUGGGAUGAUAAUGCCAUUAAAGAGUUUUUCUGGAAGAAAUACUACACCCACAGACCCACAGAGUCAGGUUGAAGAGGUUGUUCAUAACCACGUAGGAACCCCUUCUGCCAGAGAUAUUCCAGAACUGUUGCUGUGUAGAGUAUCAGUCCUGAAGGUUGCUGAAACCAGCCAGCCUCAUAUUGUAGGAAGUACUGAUGGGGGCCUAGCUGUUAAAGGAGAUGAAACUCUUUGUGCCUCAGCUCAAAAUCAACAAAGUCAUUUAAUUCACUGUGCAACUGUAAAACAUUUGGACUCUGAUGUGGGAUUAUUUGGAAAUGGACGAGAUAAAGUGGAAGAAAUCCACCAUGGGGUAAAAAUCCCCUUGCGAGGCUUUUCUAGUAAGAUCACCACACCCGCAGGCCCAGGCCCCGUGGGUCAGGUUGAAGGAACUGUUGAGAAUCAUUCAGGACGUUCUAAGUUUGUCAGAGGAACCACUUCUCCUAAAAGCAUCGUAGAGCAGUCACUGCACAGAGGAUCACUGGUUAAGGUUGGGGAAACCAGGCAGGCCGAUAAUCCCCGAGGUGCUGAUGGCACCAUAUUAGUUGAGGGAGAUGAUUACAUUCGCGCCAUAGCCCAAAAACAUCAACAAAGUCAUUUAGUGCAGUGUGAAACUGUAGAACGUGGAAUUAAUGUUGAAUUAAUUGAAGAAGGACAGGCUAAGAAGGUAGAAGAAAUCCAUUGUCAAGCGAUAAUCCCCUUUCAGGGCUUUUCUACAGAAAACACGACAUCAGCAGUCUCUCAGAGUUCGGUUGAAAAUGCUGCUCAGAACCAGACAGAAACAGACUUUGUCACGGGAACUGCUUUUGCCAAAAUGAGCCGGGAACUGUCGCCAGGCAGAGCCUCUGUGCUUAAGGUUGCUGAAACCAGCCAACCCUAUACUGCAGGCAGUACUGCUGGUGCACUAUUAGUUGAGAGAGGUGAACGGGUUACUACUCUAGCCCAAAGCCAUCUACAAGCUGAUUUCAUUCAGUGUGGAACUAAUGUCGAAUUAAUUGAAGGACAAGAUAAGAAGGUGGAAGAAAGCCACAGUGGGGUGAGAGUACCCUUCAGGGAGGGUUCCAGGGAAAACCCUACACCCACAGGCCCCCAGGGUCUGGUUAAAGAUGCUGUUCGGAGACAGACAGAAACAGACUUUUUUGGAGGAACUGCUUCACCCAAAAGCAUCCAAAAAGCAGCAGUCUCUCAGAGUUCGGUUGAAAAUGCUGCUCAGAACCAGACAGAAACAGACUUUGUCACGGGAACUGCUUUUGCCAAAAUGAGCCGGGAACUGUCGCCAGGCAGAGCCUCUGUGCUUAAGGUUGCUGAAACCAGCCAACCCUAUACUGCAGGCAGUACUGCUGGUGCACUAUUAGUUGAGAGAGGUGAACGGGUUACUACUCUAGCCCAAAGCCAUCAACAAGCUGAUUUCAUUCAGUGUGGAACUAAUGUCGAAUUAAUUGAAGGACAAGAUAAGAAGGUGGAAGAAAGCCACAGUGUGGUGAGAGUACCCUUCAGGGAGGGUUCCAGGGAAAACCCUACACCCACAGGCCCCCAGGGUCUGGUUAAAGAUGCUGUUCGGAGACAGACAGAAACAGACUUUUUUGGAGGAACUGCUUCACCCAAAAGCAUCCAAAAAAACUCACCAUGCAGAGUAUCGGUGCUGAGGGUUGGGCAAAGCAGCCAACCUGAGACAGUUGCGAGAGGUGAAAAGAUUGCAAGUAUAGCCCGAAACCACCAGCAAGGCCGUUUAAUUCAGUGUGAAACUAUAAAACAUUUCAUGCCGCGUGUGGAAUUAACUGAGGAAGGACAAAAAGAGGAGGGAAAAGAUACCCACUGUAUCGUUCCCGCAAGGGGCUUUUCCAGAGAAAACACAACACCCACAGAGCCCCAGAAAGUGCUUGAAGGGGCAUUUUGGAACCAGACAGAGACGGACUUCUUCAUAAAAAGUGGUUCUCCUGAAAGCAUUCCACAACUAUCACCACGCAGAGCAUCGGUACUCAUGGUCGGGGGAACAAGACAGCUGGGUAUUCUGGAAGCCCGGUCGGACUGCGUACCUGUUCCGAGAUCUUUGGAUGAUAAACCAAAACCGGUAGCUCGCUCUAAUGGUUUUAACGAAGUCUCUUCAGAUGUCCCUCACGCUAGGAUUCCGCAGAGCCCAACUGAGAAAUGCACUCAGGUCGGAUCACCCGACAUUAUGGACGCUCUUGGUCGGCCUUCAAACUCGAACGAUAGAAAGGACAGAAAUGCAAAGCCAGCUCAGUCGGCGUCUACCUCACAAAUCUCACCAUUAGAACAUUUCAAUUGCUUCCUUGUUGCGUCCCAGUUAAAAAGCACAGCAGACGAGCACUGCUUGGAUCGACCAAGUUACAGAAGAUGCCGAUUCUACAUAUUGGUAACAUCGGAGGAUGCCUUCUUUGAGGAAACAAAGGCUUGUUUAGAAGCGGCGGGUCAUACAGCUGUACGGCCAGACCAGUUCUUCCUGCGUGAAGAGCGUUUGCCUUUGCUGAUCAUCGUCAAGAAUGAAGACAUCUCUGUGCACCUGUCCGAGAUUCCACAUCUGCUCGAGCUGAAGAAGUCGCCGGACGUGCUGUUUGCCGGCAUCGACGAACCGUACGAUCUCGUCCAUCUGACCCAUCAGGAACUGUUUCUCGGGGGCGGCUUUGUGAUGUUUGACAGGUCAUCGCUGGAAUCCCUCAGCCUCGACGAGAUGAAGAGAUUCUUGGGAGUGGUGCGAGAGCUGAACAAAACGGGGAAGUGGACCUGGUUGUUACACUACAGAGACAGUCGACGAUUCAAAGAGAAUGCACGGUUCAGUCCAGAGGCGGAAGAGAAGAAGCGCUUCUUUAACUGGUCCCAAGAGACGGGACUCUGCUCAGUCUUGCCGUAUCAUGAAUGUGACUCCAAGUCCAGGGAACGGCCCGACUAUCUUGCUUGUCUGGUGCACUGGCAAGUCCAGAAUAUUGCAGCACGUUUCCCGGUCUUUGUAACCGAUCUUCCAACCGUUAAUGACUUUGAUCGGAACGGAAUCGUGACGACAACCGUUAACUCUUUCCUGAUGCGUUUUUCGACUUGACACGCGACCUUCCCAGACCUCAUAUUUUGUGCGCACUUGCACUUGGCACCACAAUGCAAACAAUAAACCUCAGUCCUUAACUCCCUGAAAACUCGCUACCUUCAGUGGGGGAGGGGGGCAUUUUUAUAUGCAGUACAAAACGUUACUGUUUUUCUUAUGCCUGUUUUAGUAUUGUUUUUUUUUUCUUUCUAAUAUGACGAUACCGUUGUGUAUGAUUACAUUUGGGAUUCUAUAUUUUACGGUUUAUAAAAGAUGUCUAGUAUUUUUUUUGUUUGUGUCUUUCUAAAUUAAAAAGCAGCAAUCUCGGAUAUAUUUUGACUGUCACUGAAAUCUAAUAAAAGAAU